GUGUGGUCGCAGAAAAGCCCAGGAUGUCCUUUUAAAUAACCGCCAGUACUCAAAACAAUGUUAUAUAUUAUCUCAUAUAUAGUAACAAAACAAAUAUGCCCCCACUACAGUGGACAAAAAUGAAUAGCUGCCUCUCAGGAGGACAUGAAAGCGCGUUCCCGCGUCUCAUCUUCCUUCCCAUGCGCAAUGAUUGACGUGCGCUGAAAGGCAUGUGUGGGCGGAGCCACAUCGUCUUCGCGUCCAAUCAGAUUGCGCGGGCGGAGCCAAAGCAUCCUAGUCAGCGCUGAUAGUGUUUCAAUGUAACAAAAGCAGCAGGAUGAAACAUUGAAAUAAUGCGCGAGUGUAUCAAACGCAGUGUUCACGCGGGAACUGAUUAAUAACACACAACAAAGCGCAGACAGCACACACACGGGUCACUUUAGUGUCUAAACUCUAGAUAGUGGGUCAAGGCACAAAGUGAGCUCAGAACUGAGCAGAGAGCGCGCAAGGAACGGGACGGGUCCAGACGUUACCGACAGUACCAGAGCAACCACCGCCGCAGCUGUACCGGAGCGGAGCGGCCCGACAUGGACGAGCAGCCGCGCCUGAUGCAUGCUCAUGCGGCCGUGGGGAUGAGCGGACACCCCGGGCUGUCUCAGCACAUACCGGAGAACACCGGAGCGACUGACGGCGACGGCAGAAAGCAGGACAUCGGAGACAUUUUACAGCAGAUCAUGACCAUCACAGACCAGAGCCUGGACGAGGCGCAGGCCAGGAAACAUGCACUAAACUGCCACCGAAUGAAACCGGCGCUCUUUAACGUCCUGUGUGAAAUCAAAGAGAAAACAGUGUUGAGUAUUCGUGGCGCCCAGGAGGAGGAGCCUCCGGAUGCCCAGCUGAUGCGAUUGGACAACAUGCUGCUGGCGGAGGGCGUGUCCGGGCCGGAGAAAGGGGGUGGGUCUGCAGCAGCGGCGGCCGCAGCGGCGGCGUCCGGUGGAAUUGGAGCCGAUAAUUCAGCAGAACACUCCGAUUACAGAGCCAAACUCUCUCAAAUCCGUCAGAUCUACCACACAGAGCUGGAAAAAUACGAACAAGCGUGUAACGAGUUCACAACUCAUGUUAUGAACCUGCUGAGAGAGCAGUCUCGCACGCGGCCCAUCUCGCCCAAAGAGAUAGAGCGCAUGGUGAACAUCAUCCACCGCAAGUUCAGCUCCAUUCAGAUGCAGCUGAAGCAGAGUACCUGCGAAGCCGUCAUGAUCCUGCGAUCUCGCUUCCUUGAUGCCAGGAGAAAAAGACGAAACUUCAAUAAACAGGCCACAGAGAUCCUGAACGAAUAUUUUUACUCUCAUCUCAGUAACCCGUAUCCUAGCGAGGAGGCUAAAGAGGAACUAGCCAAGAAAUGCUCCAUCACAGUCUCACAGGUGUCCAACUGGUUUGGAAACAAACGAAUCCGAUAUAAGAAGAACAUCGGAAAGUUCCAGGAAGAAGCCAACAUGUACGCCGCCCGAACGGCUGUCAACGCAGCGAGUGUGUCGGCACAUGGCAGCCAGGCCAAUUCCCCGUCUACUCCAAACUCCGCAGGUUCUGCUGGCUCUUUUAACAUGUCAAACUCUGGCGAUUUAUUCAUGAGUGUUCAGUCUUUGAAUGGAGACUCGUACCAGGGCGCUCAGGUGGGAGCCAAUGUGCAGUCACAGGUGGAUACCCUUCGCCAUGUUAUCAGCCAGACAGGAGGAUACAGUGACGGCCUCGCAGCAAACCAGCUGUACAGUCCACAGGGCAUCAAUGCGAACGGUGGCUGGCAGGACCCCACCACCCCCUCCUCCGUCACAUCCCCCACAGAAGGACCCGGAAGCGUUCACUCUGACACCUCCAACUGAUCUCAGAACAGACUCUCUCCAUCACGCCAGACAGACUAAACGCACCUCACGCUUGACAGUUCAUUGAACACACACACACAUGCUCUUUUCUCCAGUGUGUAAAUUAAAAUACAAAGCUUAUAUUCAUCUUCACAAUAAUGUUUCCAUGCUACCUCUCAGACAUAUAGACGUGACAUUACAAAACAAAUCGAGACAACAAACGGAACAAGAGUUUUAGAUCAACCCUGUCACAGAAGUGAUCAUUCAACGUCUUCAUUAGCAAAAGAAACAUUACGUUAUGUUUGAAACAUUUUGCAAUUUUACCAUAGUGCCAAAGUACUUUUAUACGUAACAAUUUUUCAGUCACAUUACACGUCUUUUACAUUUUUACUUUAUAUGUAUUAUAGGCUUAUUGUGCUUUAUGAAAAACAGUUGAUUGGGUUUACACUGCCUCACAACUUAAAGGAACCUUUGAAUUGCGAAUUGCGAAUAAUGGAAGGUCAUUAUUUCGCAAUUCAGUUUAUAAAGUUUAAUAAGAUUUGGUGUGCCAAUUUGCAUAUUAUUGUUUUGCAUCAUAAAUUAAUUCUAAGACCGAUAACCGAUUAAUCGGCCGAUUAAUCGGCAAAGACAAAGAGUCCAAAAUGAAUAAAUCCCAAAUGCAGAUUUUGGUUUAACCAAACCCCCAACUGUUAAGUAUAAACAAGCCUGAAACACACCGGGGACUCCUAUUUUGAAAUGCCUAAAUGAUGAACAAAUUAUCGGCAACUAUUAACAGAUUUUUGCCGAUAACCGAUAGUUCCAAUACGCAACUAUCGGUAAUGAUUAAUUGGAUAUAUCGUCUACCUCUAAUAUGGAUAUAAUGUUGCUGAAUUUUCAUGAGGCAUUCGAUAAAUUCAUCCACAAAUACACAAAUCUAUUUAUUGAAUUUCAUCACCACACAUUUGAAUGCAAUAAAAGUCAACUAAUACGAAAUGUGAAUUAAUUUGAUAACAACGCCAUUUCAUUCAGUUUCGUACCAUGCCUGCUCAUUGGGCAACCUUGAUACCAAAAACCACAGAUGUGUCCGUUCUUUACGUUGACAUCACUUUGUUCAUGUUGUAAAUUGUGUAAUAUCAGCACUGGGAAGUGUUAAGUGCGUUAUACUCGAAACCAAAAAUCCAGCUGGAAUUCUGUCGCGUUUCUUGAAAAAGUAACAACAAACGAUGGCACACAAAUGCAGAAAUCGUUCGUAUAUAUUUUUUAAUGCCCACCUCCUAUUGUGAAUAGCCAAUUCUCGUUUCCUAUUUCAUAUUCGGCUUGUUUACAGGGCAAUCAUAUAUUUCUUUGGUCUUGCGAGCAUAAUGUGAAUUAGCCCAAGAAUGCGCGCUAGCUUCUAUAUGUAGAUAUGCACCUUUACUCUUGGUUUGCUUCUUUUGAGAGCAGUCGCAUCCAUGUUCAUGUCAGAUUUUGAGAAUUCAGGAGAAAAUAUCAAACAAUAAAUCCUCCAAUGGUAAAUAAAAAAUCAAGCCCACAAUUAUUGCAGUUAGAAGUUAGGUUCCCUUUGCUCACAACAUUUGUGUCACUGCCUGCACAGCAGCACCGUAUUGAGAAAAGCCUCAUAUAAUGAUGCUUUUAGUUUUUGCAUAGAAAGCCGUCUGUAAAACAUCAGAUGUUUACUUUGUUGCAUGUCUUUUGUUCUUUAAUAUCCUGCAGUGUUUUUGAAUGUUUCUUUUUUAUAUCAAGCGUGGAGACAUUCUCUUGUCAAGUUUUAACUGAAGAUCUCUGCAUAUGUAUAAAAGGAAUAAAAUGGAACAGAAAACUCUUGUCUUUUUGAUUCCAACUUGUUUUUGUGAAGAAGAAAAAACUAACAAGGUGUAGUUUUUUUUUUUGGCCUGUUAAUUUGUAUUGGUAUGCAUAUUCCGAAUAAAUAGUUUCUUUU